AUGUAUUCGAGUGCUUGUCAUUUAAAGUACGAUAGGAUCUAUGUGAAUAGAUAUACUAGCACCGCUUAUCUCUUUCGUUCUCUAGCUGUGAAACACGUCACUACUGUAUUGUUUGUUAAUUUCAAAAACACCUUUGCUGCCCAAUUACAAGCACCAUUCAAACAAUGUGCACCAUCAAGCGCUGGAAAUAUUCUUAAAGCAUCUGUGAACGCUCCAUGCACGAAAGAAUAUUGCACAUUCUACAAAGGCACUGACGCUCGUUUGGAAUUCACAUUCAAUUUAAAGAAGAAAGCUCAUAAAGUUCGUGCUAAAGUCGUCGCAACCAUUGGCACCAUUGAUCAUGAUUUUGCUUUGCCUAAUCCUGAUGUCUGUCAACAACUUGGUUGCCCACUCAAAGCUGGUGCUGCUUAUACAUAUUACAACAGUAUGUAUGUUAGUCCAACUUAUCCGUCGGUUAAAGUCAAUCAAAUGCGUUACUAUUUAAUCGACGGAAAAGGUCGCGAGCUCGCAUGUGUUUCAUUACCAGUUAUGAUUACUGAAAGAGAUUCCAAACAGUAG